UCUGAAAUAAACAAGAAAGUGAUUAGUCUGACACUCUGUAGCUCCAACCUCAGUCACCGGUGAAUGUGAAUGAGCAGCAGCGGGUAAAACACAUUUUUCCCUCCAUGGCACCGGUAGCCGUGGUGCUGUUUUCAUUCAUUGGACGAGGAGGAGACGGUUCCGGGCGCGCGGAGGAGUGCUUGGCUGCGCGGGGAACAUACAUUCACUUCAUACUUUGAUAUCUCAAGUGAAAUGUAAAACAGGAGGCAGGCACCAGGUGAAGCGUGAGGCGGGCGGUGUUAAAUGCCGGGGCCAGCGGGGAAGCCACCAGCCACGUCUCCCUGUUGGCCGCUAUUAAAAGUCGACGCUCAAAUUUCCAGCGGGCGCAGAAUCGGAGCUGCGCUUGAACGCUCGCGCUCCAUGGCUCAGCACUGCGCUCACCCGGUCGUCCCCAUCGCGCUGCUGGUGUUUGGACUUGUUGCCAUCCUGCUUCUGACCAUCCCCACCGAGGACGUUCGGGAGGCCCCGGGGUUCAUGUACGGGAUUGUCUUGGAUGCUGGAUCUUCGCACACAACUCUGUACAUAUACAAGUGGCCAGCGGACAAGCAAAAUGGAACGGGCGUGGUCACCCAGCACAGCGAAUGCCGUGUUAACGGCGGAGGGAUCUCCAGCUAUGCGGGCCAGCAGGGAGCAGCAGGGCAGAGCUUAGAGGCAUGUCUGGACCAGGCAGUGAAGGACAUCCCCAAAGAAAGACACCAGCUCACACCUGUGUACCUGGGAGCCACAGCUGGCAUGAGGCUUCUGAACAUCUCAAGCCCAGAGCUGUCAGUUCAGAUUCUGCAGGAGGUGGGCCACAAAAUCCAGUCCUACCCAUUCAGCUACCAGGGGGCGACCAUACUGAGCGGUCAAGAGGAAGGGGCGUAUGGCUGGGUCACCGUCAACUACCUCUUAGAGAACUUCAUAAAGUAUGGUUUCGUGGGGCGCUGGUUCAGCCCCGGCAGGCCCACAGUGGGAGCACUUGAUUUCGGCGGGGCAUCCACCCAGAUAACAUUUGUGACUCAGGAGGAACUAGAGGACCAGCGCGACAUGAUGAAGCUUCGCCUUUAUGGCCAGGAGUACACUCUGUACACACACAGCUUCCUGUGCUACGGGCAAGACCAGGUCCUCAAGAGGCUGCUGGCUCACAUAGUGAAGUCUCAGGGUUACUCUGGGUCAGUCACUCACCCCUGCUACCCUGCAGGCCACAACAGAAUUUUAAAGUUGAACAGUAUAUUCAACUCACCGUGUACUGCGAAGUACAAACCCAGCUCCUACGACUCCCAGGCUUCUCUGACGAUACAAGGCAGCGGGCAUUAUGAACACUGUCUGAGCAACGUGUCCGAGAUCUUCUCCUUCGACGGCUGUCCGUUCUCCCAGUGCUCCUUUGAUAAAGUCUUCCAGCCAAAUGUCACCGGUGGCUUCAUGGCAUUCUCUGCAUUCUACUACAGUCACUCCUUCCUGCAGCGUGCCACCAGUAUCACUGCGAGCACUCCUUCACAACUGGAGGAGGCCUCCAAAACAGUGUGCGGGAUGACUUUCAAAGAAAUGCUGCUUCUGGCGCCGAAGCUAAAGUCUCAUCUGCAGGACUACUGUGCUAUCUCUGUGUACGUUAAGAUUCUCAUGUUGAGAGGAUACGGCUUCGAUGAGACAUCGUUCCCACGCAUUUCCUUCCAGAAGAAGGCAGGGGACGCAUCGGUGGGUUGGGCUCUGGGCUACAUGCUGAGUUUGAGCAGUUUGCUGCCGGCAGAGACGGUGGGGCUGAGGAAGGCCCUGACCCCGGGAGCGUGGGGAACGCUUAUCUUUCUCUUUGUCCUCCUGCUCGCGGCGGUCCUGGUCUUCAUCGUAUUCCAAGCUCGCGGUGGGAAGAAGAAAGGAGGCAGUGAAAGCACCAUCUAGAUAGAAUAACGCCGUACUGUACUACACAAUGUUGGAUCUAAAACAAAUCUGUGAGGUUAAAGAGCUGAAUUUGAGCUUUAUUUAAAGGUCCAGUGUGUAGCAGUUCUGGGGAUCUAGUCACAGAAAUAUAAUAUAAUAUACAUAACUAUGUUUUUAUUAGUGUAUAAUCACCUGAAACUAAGAAUUGUUGUGUUUUCCUUACCUUAGAAUGAGCUCUUCAUAUCUACAUAGGGGUCAUGUCUCACCGUCAUGUUUCUACACUAGCCCAGACCGGUGUAGGAACUUGUAUGUCUUUUCAUAUACAUGGUCUCCAAAACACGGAGACCGCACUGCAUAUUCACUGAUUGCUAAUUAGUUGUAUAAUUAGAAUCACUUUGGGACUGCUUAAAUGACUACAGCUUUAACUUCAGUCCUUUUUUUGUGUCACUUCAAAUCCAAUGUAGUAGAGUACAGAGCCAACACAAUGAAGACAUGUCACAGACCGAAUACUGUGUGAUCGGCUGUCGGCUUAAGAACAUAUCACACUGGCACUACAGCGGAGGUCUGAAUGUCAUUUUUAUUCUUGGAAAAAUCCAACCAACAUUUGAUUGAAUGUAAAAAGGUCCAGCGUUAUGGGACUGUAUUCUGAGGCGCUGUUGCAGUAAAAUGAAGCACAUUGUGGAGAUAACUACCAGUUUAAUAUGAUAGCAAUCACUAUUGCAUAUAUAUAUAUAAAACAUCUUUGAAUAUAUAUAUAUAUCUAUAUAUAUUUUUAUUCAAAGAUGUUUUUCAAGUGGCAGCUUUUAUUUCAACAGCAUAAUAUCAACACAUUUCCGAAUGGUAGAAAUAUAAAAAUAAUGUAAUGAUAGCAAAUAGCUAGAAAGGACUGAUGUGUCUUUAAGUUACUGAACAAAACUUGCAUCUAACCUUCCAAAACAACGUAUUUACUCACAGACUUAAAGUUUAUAUUUGUCUUUUUUUGACAGUAAAACAUGUUUCAGUCAUGAAUUCACCACUUUACUUUGGACAAUAGUAGUAGUGAUCAGUUUAAGUUGAGAGUGGUUGUUUUUGUAUCUGACGUGUGGUGGUGUUUAUGGGACAUAUUUUGCACCAUAAAACUAGAAUUUAAGGACUGCUUUGAUGGAUUGGAUUACACACUACUUAUAUUACAUGUAUUGUGCCCACCCCCUCUGCAUUAUAUGUUGAGGUGAAACAUGAAAGCAAUUUAACCCUCAAAAAGAGAUGAUCAUUAUAAAGAAAUGUAUGCUUCAACAUGAAGACAUUCCAAUGUGUACUCAGGUGUGCUGGCAUUAAAAGCCAAAGGCAACUCUUGGCAUGCAGCUGUGCUAAAUUUAGAUUUGGGUUGCAGUAAUUCAGUGUGUCAGUGCCUUUUCCAAGAGCUUCUCAGAUAGCCCGUGUGUGUGUUGAAUAUCGAUGUAUACUGUAGCAUCUUUCAAACCAUUCUUGUGGCAUUAGGUGUUUUGCUAAAAGAAACAAUUGGACAAUCCUGGUGAAAAUUGGUGCAGUUUACAUUCAAUCAAGUGUGGAAAUACAUUUAACAGAUUUUACACCUUACCAACAUUUUCACUAGAAUUAGCCAUCUUAAAUGAUUAAUUCAUAUGAAGUCAAUGUGAAUUUUGUAUGAUUUUUAUCGUGUCGUUUCAUCGCUCUCUGUGUGGUCACGUGUGUUUUACUCCAGAUAACUAAAUAUAUGUUUUGUAUUCGGGUCCUUUCCACUCUUACACGCCUUUCCUUCCUCGGUUUGCUCUGGACUACAACUACCAAAAUACUUUGCUCCACAAAAGUAUUUAGCUUGUUCUGAUGACUUCCUGCAUUGCGCUCAAAAUGCGUUUUAUUUCAGAUAGUUUUGCAGUAAUGUGAUAUGUAAUGUAAUUUGCUGAUAAAUCAUCCUAUUUCAUUGGUGAACUCACAGAUUGAGUAAUGGGGGUCAGUAGAAGAAUCAGAAGAUAAUGAGAUUGAACAAAUGAAGGACAAAAUACAAUAAAACAAUUGUCUUGGUUAUUAAUGUGCUUGAUUUAUUAGCUUAUGACAUAAUGAUAUGAUUAGAUGAAUAAGUGCAGGAGAGAAAAAAAGGCAUUCAAGUGUAACAAUAUCAGAAUUAGUAAAACAUAACAAUACAAAACAUACAAGAAUAACCAUGGCAGGUAAUGUCAAUAAUGAAAAUAAUACAUUCAGCAAAG